AAGGAAAGAACUAUAAUAACUGCAGCAGCGGACAAAAAGCAUGACUUUUUUGUUAUGCCUUUAAUUUCUAUUUUGAAAAUCUAUGCAGUUUUUCUUUCUUCUCAUCUUCUUAUUCAUAUAUAUACACGGUGAAAUUGAUUGAAUACUUAUUUAAAGGUAAAGGGUUUUUGUUUUCUUGGUGUACGACCUCUUUGAGUUGACUCCUGGCUGGCUCUUUGUUUAACACAGCAACAUUUUAGGAAAAUAAAAGUCAGACACACUGAAAACAAGGAGUGUGGAGCAGAGAGCUAAAAGGAGAGUUGAGAAAUGGCGGGUGGAGGAUUUGCAAGCGGACCCUCUGAGAGGGCUCAUCUCUAUGAGUAUAGAAUUACUGCAUAUUUCAUUUUUGCUUGCAUUGUUGCAGCUCUUGGAGGGUCUCUCUUUGGCUAUGAUCUCGGUGUUUCAGGUGGAGUGACUUCCAUGGACGAUUUCUUGAAGGAUUUUUUCCCCAAAGUGUACAGAAGAAAGCAGAAACAUCUCAAGGAGACUGAUUACUGCAAAUAUGACAAUCAGAUUCUAACACUGUUUACAUCGUCUCUAUACUUUGCUGGUCUUGUUUCUACAUUUGCGGCUUCCUAUGUUACCAGAAACAAAGGAAGGAAAGCCAGCAUCAUUGUAGGAUCAGUCAGCUUCUUUUUAGGUGCAGUCCUCAAUGCAGCUGCAAAGAACAUUGCAAUGCUGAUCAUUGGACGAAUAUUUCUUGGUAUUGGCAUUGGAUUUGGCAAUCAAGCAGUUCCCGUGUAUCUUUCAGAAAUGGCUCCUGCAAAGAUUCGAGGGGCAGUUAACCAACUGUUUCAAGUAACAACCUGCACAGGAAUCCUGGUGGCAAACUUGAUAAAUUAUGGAACUGAGAAAAUCCAUCCAUGGGGCUGGAGAUUAUCUCUUGGUUUAGCUACAAUCCCAGCAACUCUCAUGUUUAUCGGGGGUAUAUACCUUCCUGAGACCCCAAACAGUCUUGUAGAGCAAGGCAGACUAGAAGAAGGAAGAGCAGUUCUUGAGAAAGUUAGAGGUACCAAAAAAGUUGAUGCUGAGUUUGAAGAUCUUUUGGAUGCGAGCAAGGCAGCAAGAGCGGUAAAGCACCCAUUCAGGAAUCUUCUCCAACGAAAGAACCGACCCCAGUUGAUUGUAGGGGCUUUGGGAAUCCCUGCAUUCCAACAGCUCACUGGCAUGAACUCCAUACUUUUCUAUGCUCCUGUCAUAUUUCAGAGCUUGGGUUUUGGCUCAGGAGCAUCACUAUAUUCAUCUAUCUUUACAAGUGGAGCACUUCUAGUUGGGGCAUUCAUCUCAAUGAGUUUCGUUGACAAGUUUGGCCGAAGAAAGUUCUUCUUAGAAGCUGGUACCGAAAUGAUCUGCUGCAUGAUUGCUUUGGCCAUAACUUUGGCCUUGAAGUUUGGAGAAGGAGAAACCCUUUCAAAAGGAAUUGGCGUCUUCCUUGUUAUUGUGAUUUGCAUCUUUGUUUUGGGUUAUGGAAGGUCUUGGGGACCUUUAGCGUGGCUAGUGGCAAGCGAGAUCUUCCCCUUGGAAACAAGAUCGGCUGGACAGAGCACAGUGGUCUGCGUCAACCUUUUAUUCACAGCUUUAAUAGCUCAGUGUUUCUUAGCAUCACUUUGUCAUCUUAAAUAUGGAAUUUUCUUGGUCUUUGGUGGGUUGAUCUUCCUUAUGAGCUGCUUCGUCUACUUCCUUUUGCCAGAGACAAAACAAGUCCCCAUAGAAGAAAUCUAUCUUCUGUGGGAAAAGCACUGGUUCUGGAAAAGGUUCGUAACAGAGGAGAAGCAGCAAGAUGGAACCAAUGGGAAGGCAGCACAACAAGUUUAAUAAAUAUCUCCGAUCAACAAUAGUAUCAUAAAACAUUUAUUGUCUAUACUUUUUUAUUUUCUGACUUCAUUUAUCAAUAAUUAAUUAAGUAAUCUCAUUGCAUUUUACAA